GGCGAAUCGAUGUCGCAUCGAUUCGCGGUCUUCCCCGGAGUGCAUCGUCACCUGCGCCGAGAUCCUUCGUUACCUGCAGGAAAACGGCCCUUCCCUGCGCCCCGCGUCGGCGUCGGCGUCGGCGUCGGCGGCGGCGGCGGCGAGCGGCAUUGUUUCUGGCGUCGCCUGAGUCGACGUCGUCCUCGUCGUCGUGGCUCGGUUCCUUUCUGGACACGGUUCAUUCCGCGCAAGCCCAGCCCGUUACUAUUGAUCCGAGGCAUUUCGUCCGAUGGUCGCCUCAGAAUACCACCACGAACGGUCCGCACACCGUAAAUAUUCGUUCAGUGCGCCGUGGCCGAGUGACUUACGCGGAUAAAAACUGUUCAAAUACGUGGAAAAACGUGGCCGAACAUGGUCGGAGGAGCGACGGAGGAUGGACCCCUUAUUCGACCCGUCGAUUCCGUGUCGACGACGACGGUGGUCGCGCUAUGCAUCGGCGCCGCUUUUCUACUUUGCGCCGUCGCGAUGACCUGGUGGCUUUGCCGACGGCGUCGCGAGCACACCAAACUGAAUUCCGACAAGUCUUUGGCGUUCAGACCGCCGCAUAGGAAGCCGAGGGCGGUGAAGAGCCCGGGCAGCACCAGCCACUACCUGAAGAAGAGUCCGAGCCCGACGGAACCGGCCAAGAGCCCGCCUGGCUCCGCCGGACAGACGCCCAGCCCGACCGGGUCGCAGGCGUCGAACCCUUACUCCCAGCCCAGGACACCUCAAGGUGCAGGUUCACCGGCUCAGACGCCGUCCGGCGAGGUUACUCUGAACAUCGAGAAUGAGCGCGACAAGGCGGAGAUCGAGAACAAUGAGAAGACGGAACGCGAGAAGAACCACACGACCAAGAACAACAAAGACAAUCUGGGCCAGCUGAUGUUCAAGCUGCGCUACCUCAGCGAGCAGAACGCGCUGCGCGUGACCGUCGUCAACUGCAAGGGUUUGCCCGCGAGGGAGCAAAACGCGACCAGCGACCCUUACGUCAAGCUGAAGUUGCUGCCCGACAAGCAGCACCAGGUGAAGACGAGGGUCCUUAGAAACACCAGAGACCCGGUCUACGACGAGGACUUCACCUUCUUCGGGAUAUCGAAGGACCAGCUGCAGAAAAUUAGCUUGCACUUCAUAGUGCUCAGCUUCGAUAGAUACUCCCGAGAUGAUAUCAUCGGUGAAUUGACGUGCGCACUAUCGUCGGUAUCCGGUUUGGAGAACGCUGAUAACCAGGAGAUAUCAUUGUGUCGAAAAAUUUGCCCCAGAAGCCUGAAGAUUCAAUCGCAAGGCAGAGGAGAACUGCUAGUGUCCCUUUGCUGGCAACCGAUGACCAGCCGAUUAACGGUCGUCGUGCUGAAGGCGCGGAAUUUGCCGAAGAUGGACGUGACAGGCUUGGCGGACCCGUACGUGAAAAUCUAUCUUCUGUACAACAAUCAGCGCAUCGCCAAGAAGAAGACGUGCGUGAAGAGACGCACCCUCAGCCCCGUUUUCAACGAGUCCUUCGUUUUCGACAUUCCGAACGGCGCGGACGGUCUGAAGAAUGUCAGCCUCGAAUUCAUGUUGCUUGACUGGGAUCGUGUUACAAAGAACGAGGUGAUCGGACGGCUGGAGUUCGGCGGCGCGGAUUGCCAAGACUCGGCUCUGAACCAUUGGAGAGAAGUUUGCAGCUCGCCGCAGAGGCAGAUCGCUGAUUGGCACAAAUUAAGGGAGUAGUUAGUACGUCCCGGGCCCAUCGAUUCUCUCGGAAUCCCAUCUCCAACUAUCCGAAAGCCCCACAUCCUUCCUCCAUUAUGAAACCACCGAACCGACCCCCUUGAAACCCUAUGAUGAGGUAGGGUAUCUGUUUUGUAAACCUAAUACUCGAUGUAUAUUAGGCUUGAAGCGAGUGGCGGCACGUCCACCCGCGAUCGAUGCAACUGCGGAUGCACGCGCCACGCGAAUCGGUAUCGUAGUUACACCUCAAACCGAAAUGCGCACCAAUCCGUGCGACUUUGACGCUUCUGAGUCAGGACGACGCAGGCUUCUUACACCGUGCGUGUUACAAUGCAAACGAACGGGAAAAUGUCGCGAUUGUUUUCGAGGAACAGAGACUCGAUUGAAUCAUUUACAUUAGUCGAACAACCAUCGUCUGUACUUUAUCAAAGAGGGUUGAAUAUUUCUAGUGAAAAACUUUCGAGUGCAAAGGGUUGAUAAAGAAAAGCCAGUAGUCGUUCUAUAUUAACCCCUUGGCGUACAUUUGUUAUUCGCGGCGUUUAGAACGGAAUAUUUGUUCGAAAUAUGUUAUAUAUAUGAUAUUUAUUACUUCACACAUUCAUUAUAACAUCUAAACGAGACUACCCCUUGGCGUACUAUUUACUUUCGCUACUAAGCUUGUGCAAUAUUUUACUAUCGACGAUUUGGAAAUGCAACAAAAUUGUCCACUCUUCAAGUGGAAAUUUCAUUUGAAGAUAAUACAUUGAUAAUAGCAAAAUAUUUGUUUCUUUUGAUCCGUGUAGACAGAGAAACUUUGUCCUGUUACUUUGAAAACAGUCGCCGCAGCGGCGUUCGCCUGCAAACCACUCGCGCGCAUUCCACGCCGCGUUUUUACCCGCUGAAGUAACUGUGUAUUUUGAUACAACUGGCUCGCUGCGUGCAACGCGUUGCGACACGUUUUCGAACGAUGCUGUAGUUAGUUGCACUGAGAUAUGCAGUUCGCGGUUCAGCGGGGAAAACACGACGAGUAACACGUCGAGUGUAGAACGUUUGUGUUGUCCGAACCGUUUGAAUUGCGCGCCUCUUUCGUGUAAAAUGGCGGUCGAGCGUACUCGUGCGGCGAGGAAAUAGUAGGGGAGAUUUGCAGGUGGAUAAUUAAACGAAUAUAAUUUUGUUGUGGACGUAUAGACUGAUAUUUGAGAGGAAGGAAUGUGGAAAAGAGAAAACUUGAAUUCUACGAUUUAUUGAACUCCAAUUAGAAUCCAUCUUCAAUGGAGAUUUUGUUAUUUGAAAGUGUUUGUUGUUUUUGAGAUCCGUUAUUUUUGCUUAGUUAGUUGCAUAGAAUAUUAGCGCGAAUAUGGUAGAUGUAAUAUUCAUUGAAAUAAGGUUGUUCGUUUAUAGAUUACGAUUUUUCUGACUGCACGAGCACUUUCGUACGCCAUUACGCGUUACAGAGUUUUCCGCGUACUCUGUUAUUCUCUGAGUUGAAAUUAUCGACUCAGUCCAAUUUGAUCAAAAAGUUCUAUACGAACACUGUAACUUUGAAAGUUUUCUGAAUAUUUUCGUCAAAGAACAUUGAGCCGCAGCAUAUGCCCUGAAAUUUUGGUAUCUCGACGCUUCGCGCGUCGGAAGCUACAAAAUGUUCGCUGAACAAUGAGCAAAUAACGUAACAAUUGAAUAGCGAAACGAACAAUGGUAUCGGUGAGUUCGGAUCGAUCUCGUUUUCUAUAUCGGAGACCGUUCGAUCUAGCGGCAAGUGAGCAUACCCGCUGUACGCAGUUGCAAACGAUCGCGAGUGCAACGCAUACAAAAUGCUUUAUGAUAUAAAUAUAGUUAUUUAAGAUUUCCGACCAGAUGGCAAAGAGGGAAGGCGAACGAAGCAGUUAACUAUUAAACAAUCGAGCAACUGUCGAUUAUUGGAUACUACUGUGGCGAGCACAGGGUUGCGUUUUCUCGAAGAUCAUUGUCUUCUUUUUCGAUGUUGAUUUAAUCGAAACAGGAUCCUUAGUUCUUCAUGUUAGACUGUCCAAGAAGCAUUCAUCGUUAACGGAAACAAUUUUAAACAGCACGCACUUGCGAGUCGGAUGAAUUUUUGAGAGAUCACACUCCGAAUUUCUGUUCGUCAAUACGAUGGAACGUCGUGAAACAGAUGUCUGUUGAUUUCCGCCAUUGAAUUCCACGAGCGAACUCGGCAAGAGAGAAAGAGAGCGAAAAAGAGAGAGAGAGAGAGUGAGAGAGAGAUUCGAGGCUAGCGAUAAAACACAUGUAAUAUGCGAGCAUUGUAUACCGGCAAGAUCAGUGGUUCUCAAUUCAGACGUCGCUGUAACAGAUUAUCGAAUAAAAGUCAUGUUUUAAUAGCCAAUCGUCGCACGCGAAUUAUGUUUGAAACUGAGCGUUCACUUGAUUCGAAUUAUACCGUUGUCUUCAGCCAAGAAGCUCUUCGGAGAUUUGUCGCGCGACUCCGUCGAAAUUCCGACGGCCGCCGUUCUAAGUAAGAUCGAUGUGAAUUAAUCGUAAAGAAAAAGAAAAGAGAAAAAAGAAAGCUAUCUAUCUAUCUCCUUCGUUAUUCGCGUAAUGGAGUCACUCUAAAGAUCGAUGUAUCCUAACGACACGCCGCAACAAAUUCGAAGGUGAAUCCACGGAAAAGAAGGAGAAAAACGUUUUACGGGGAAAACUUCAUUUCUCUUCGGUUCGAUUGUUUUCCGCGCUACUUGCGACACGCUGAGCGACAAUUGCGAUUUCAUUCGGCGAGACUCGGGGUCUCGAGUGAACGGAGAAAGGCCGCCGACACAAAAUUUAGAGUGAUUCUUGCAGAAGGUAUGCGCGUACCGUGAGACGAUCCUGAAAAGGUCGUGAACCAAUGACCAAAGCUUAUGAGACGGCUUCGCAAUUCUUCGCGCCUGUUCCGACUUCUUCUCGCCCUGAACACGAUCCGCGUGACCGGACAAUUAACGGAACCGAACGGGGAACCGGGUGAACGCUCGAACAGGUUCACCGUGUACAUCCACGGAACGGGCCGGACGAUUGCGGGGCUGUCUUCAGGUGCUAUCGAAGGCCGCUUCGCGAUUGUAAAUAUGUAAUUUAUGUUUAAAAUAGAAAAAGAAAAGGGAAACACGGAACCUUUGUUUGAUUAAGAACCGACGCGCGGUUUUGAUCGCUGCAUCGAUCAACGGAGAUAUUAACGGGGCAGCAAGGAACCACGGGACAUAUGGGUGUCAGAGUAAAAGUAUAGUAGUAUCCUCGUUGGUGUGUUUGGGACACGAUGGUCGUGUGGUCGUGAACAACGCGAAAGGAAUAACCGCUUCCGGCGUGCAAUUGAAUUUAUUCGUGAAAACGCUGUGUCGCACGAUAUUAUUCGACUCGAGAAUAUGUUAGCUGACGCGAACGCAAUUGAUGGAUUCCGUUUUCGAGGGUUUCGCUAUCGGACAGACCGCUAUCGGUUGGAUUCUCGGAUUAUCGUUGCAUUCCGUCGAUUCGCUCGGCGAAUUUUCGACGCGCAGAUCAAUGUAUGAUUAUCGGCUAGAGAAACAGAGUAAGAGAGUAAGAGAGAGAGAGAGAGUGAGAGAAAGAGAGUGAGAGGCCGAUACGUUUCCGUCUGUGUCCGCGGGCGAAAAUUAAAUUUAAACACACGCACUCGAAUUAUUAUCGAACACGAUGUAUCGUAUUUAAUUGCGCGGGAGGAUGUUGCACGUUUGAGCGCGCCCAGUUUUUUGCAUGUACACGCGUACACGUACACGUACACGUACACGUACACGUACACAUAUACAUACACGGACACACACGUACAGAGAACACACCAUUGCGAUAAAUAACGAGUACCGAAUAACUGUUAAUUAAUAUUAGAAGUAUCGGGCAAACACCAAUCACAGUUUGAAGUUACUUUAAACUUUAAGGAUACCUUGAACCACGUCCAACGCGUUCGCCACUAGCAGUUCGUUUUAGAGAUACCGUUUCUUUAACGUUUCGUCCAAGUUACGAACGACACGUGAACUUUGUUGCGAAUCGGUGAUGUUAAUAGAAACCGUAAAUAAAUUGGACUGUAUAUAACAGUACGAUCAAUCGAACGACACGAACGACAGGCGUCACUUUUAUUUUGACGGGAGAUCGGCGGUACAAAAGAAAUCUAAAAGGAAGAUCAAUUUCCUUUGUGUUAAACCGCACGCGUGACAAAACGCGUAAGGUUAUCGUUAUUUUUACGCUGAGUGCGAAGCGCCAUUGGUUGGAAACGCGUGACGCUGGUGGCGAACGCGUCGACCUUUAAACGGUUAACGUACCUAUGAUAAACACGUAGCGGCGGGGCGGAUCGCGAGAAUCGUCCGCUCGACGAAUAAAAAAGAAAAAGAGAAAAAGUGUAAAGUAACUUUAGAGAACCAUCCGCGCGACGAGCCGCGCGCGCGCAUUAAACGAAGAAUUUUACUCGAGAGACGAACGAGAUAUGUUCCUAGGAAUGGAUUUUAAACGCGUCGACCGCGCACGGCGGGCAAAGUAGACACGCAGCAGCGGAUCUUCAAACUUCAAGUAGAUCUUUGCCGGAUAUUGAAACGUUCACGGCGAAUCGCAUAAGUAUUACGUUACAUACCGAGGAGAAGCAAACACGAUUUAGUUAGCACGCACGACGAGAACAGAUCGAUCAAGGCGAACCGGACGACUUCAGCCUGAGUUUAGAGUUUCAACGGAUUCCUCGGUUCGAUUCGGUUCAGACGGAUAUCGCUAAAAAUUCCACGCUCGUCUAAAUUCCACGUGGACUGAGCUUAACACGUUCAUUGGAUCGGCGGAGGAGCCACGCGCUCGCGCGCGUCAGACUGGUCGCAUCGGAGGAUUGUAACACGGGAAUCAUCAAUGAAAGUGUUAAGUCUUACCAGACAAUUGUAUAUUUUGUUUAAAAGCGAAUAAAAAACCAAGAUAGACAACAAUCAGCAGCGUUUUGAAAGCAACGGAGAGGGCAGUGAACAUUUCGUCGAACGGGGAGGCGGACUCGAACCGCGCGGCAGCGCCUCGAAAGGGGAUCACCGGCGAGAUCCGAUGAAUAAUUCAUCGCUCGCGAGUAAAUGGUUCAUCGAGGCGAACGAACCGGCGGGUAAUUAACUCUUUCGGCGCGCUGCCGCGAAACGAUCGACCGGAAAACGCGAGAUGCUCGAGCGUAUCCGACGCGAACACCGUCGGCGUCUCUCGCCCGCGAAAGAGGAACGGUUCAGGACACUCUUGGAAAGCGGCGAUUUAUUUUUCUUAUAGCACCGUACAUUCUCGAGCAGGGCUAAGGGUAAACGGGACCUUAGGGUUGUCAGGGGAAAUCGUUCGCGGCAGGGAACGCAGAAACGGGGGAGCCACCGCGAACACGGCGCACAGUGCGGCCGAACGGCCGUUUUCUGGACAAAACUUGAAAAGCAUCGGUGAUAUGAGAGAAUGCUUCGGACGAAAGUUGUAAGGUAUAGUGCUGAGAAUACGAUGGUUAUAUUCCGUUUAGAUGGAUGGUUAAUGCGGGGAUAUUACGAAGCUUUCUCCGAUGACAAUGGAGACUUCGCGUUCCGAUCCCAACAUCGCACGAACAGAGAAACGGAGUUCCUUCGCGGAAAACGUUGAUUUUUCAAAUGGAAAUCAUUUCGUACAGCAGGAACUGCCUGGCGACAUUGGUAACCUCCAAUGUUCGUCGCGCGAAUAGCCGGAUUUCGGGGUUUUGUCCACAGGCGCGCUGUGCGGCGCGCGAACCGUCAAAAGCACGAAAGUAUAGAACCGCGACGACGCCGUCGCGAAGUAUCGCACACAAAGACUCGACGAACGCACCGAACACGCAACGUUCACACGAUAACGAUAAGUAUAUAGCGAAGAGAAAGGAAGGCGCGGAGAAAGAGCAAAGGAGAGACGAGCAGGCGGCGAGGCACGCCUGGAGUCUCGACGAAACGGAGAAACCGAAGGAACAGGCGUCGCACGAUCGAGAGUUCCGGGAUAUUUAUUUAAUUGCUAUACAAUUACAGAUGUAACUAUUGUAAGGGACGACUAUAAUAAGUAGCACGUAGCGAAUUAUCUCGUAAAUGAACAUAUUGUCCGGCGUUCUAAUUAAGCUCGGCGCCGAUCGGCUCGACGGUGUUUCUAAGAUCGCCGGCUCGCCGACGGAAGAGGAGAGCUCCUCGGGAUCGGUAGUCGUGCUGCAGCGUAUCCGAACGUCGCCGCGGAAUGCUGGAAAAUCACCGUUCCCUUCUCACACGGUUCCCUUCCUUUCGUUUUUCUCGGAGCAUCCGCCAAACGGAACGUCUACUCUUCUCCCUCCCCCGCUACAACGACAACAAUUUUUUGUACCGAAACAUAACGAUGUAGUUGAUACUCAUUUAUGGAAUAUAGAAGGAUUCGCUUCGAUCUGACGAGUUUUUUCCCAGUUUUUUUCGUUUGCGAACACAACACGCACGAUCGUCCAGCUAGAAUGGAGACUUCGGACGCUGAGAACCUGGCGAAACGAUUUUUCUUCGUUCUUUUGUUUCUAUUCGAAGGUCGGUGCUUUGUGACGAUUAGCUGGUCAAAGGGAAAUUGCCACGAGAAUUUUCAUCUUCGGUUUUUUCAUGGAAAUUAAGAAGCAGCUCGUUGUACGUGUUCGAUUCUCGAGCGAACGUCGAUAUUGCACCGAGUAUAUCAAGAGGUCAAGCUUCUAGCAAAACGGAUAUUCAGAUUUCUCGGUUCACGAGCGAGUCGAAGUCGCUUGAAUAUAUUUCGCUGGUUCUUAAACAGUUGGACACGAUCCUGGUCGUGCAAUCAACACUCGCUCUUCUAAUUGCGCCUCUUUUGUUCCACUAGAGACUGAAUUUCAUUUGUUGUACAUCUUUUUCAAUUGUCGAACGAGAGGAAGACAUGAACUCCAUGUGAAGUGACAUAUUUUCAAGAACAUGCUAUUCUUUUCAAACUAAGGAAAGUUUCGAGUAACAAAGUAAAGUAAUAAAUCAGGGGAUGCUAUACUGUAGCAUCGUUAACGCGUUCAGUGCCACGUAUACUAUAUAUUUCUCUAAGAAAAUAUUUUUAGCAAGAACAUAAAGGAACAUGAAAAUAUAUAAAACUUACCAAAAACUUGAAUGCAAAUUAAUAUUUUACGAAAAAACUCAAUACAGUUCACAAAAUUUCACCGAAAUGUCCGUGGCACGGAGCGCGUUAAUAAUUAAACAGCCGGACACGCUGGCAAACAAAUGAUUGUAUAUAAAUAAUAAUUAGCAUCGAGUCGGUGGAUCACU